CCAACACGACGAGGCAACAGCAAAGGCUGCCGAUGAAGAACGAAUUCAACGAUGCGAGAAGAUAUUCAGCGGAGAGCGAGCUUUACUCACAAUGGCAGCGGACUGGCGGGCCGAGGCCGAGAAUGGCAAGAUGGAAGAGAGUGAAAACAAGGCCGCUCUACUCCUCUCCCAUCUCAUGGACCUCCUGGCAACAUGCAUUACACAGCAGGAGGAUAUCCACAGCCUCGACGACGCGUUGGCUCAAGUUUACAGCCGCCUCCGGCAGCUGGAGCAGCGACCCGUCGUCGCCCCCGAUGCCAGCUCUUCCAACACCUCCGAUAGCCUCGAGGCAUUGGAGAUUGAUGUCGGAUCCCUCAAGGAUGGCGUGCAGUUACAGCAAACCGCAACGCAACAGUUGGAGCAGCGGAUCUGUAUUGCUGCCACCCACUCGAGCUCGGGACCGCGCGAGACAACUCCAAAGUUCGAUGAUCAGAAGAUCUUCUGCGAUUCGACGAAGACGGACCCGAUUCUCUGGUUCCACAAGUUCGGACUCAAGUUGCAGCUACACUACGUCAGCGAGCACAAGCAUCACACGUACUUAUACUCCCGCUCGGGGGGCGCGUGCCAAGCAUGGCUGGACAAUCUCCUGUCCAAGUACGGAGUGGUGGCUGUCGACUUGCAUACCACGAUCAGCUGGGAUGAUCUAAAGGCGGCGUGGCAUAAGCAGUUCCAAGUAGACCCGCCGAAGAUCAAGGCAAUGCACAAGCUGAUGGUCUUCGAACAAGGCACUCUGCCGAGUGUUGACUUGAUUGUCGAGUACCAACGCUUGACAUCCGUCCCAAACAUUCAAAUGGGCUUCAAAGCCAUCAAACACUACUUCAUCUCGAGGUCGUGUCCGGCGUUGGGCAAUGCGUUGGCUCACAUCGAGGACACCCUGACGACACCGGCGGAGCUCUUCGACAAAGCCGCGCAGAUUAUUGUCACGAACAAGGAGGCUAAGAACCUUCACCGUUCGUCUGCGACAGGCCUGAGCAGAGAUCAUCAUCGACCGAAAGUGGUCGUGGUCGCGGUGGCAACGCCAAUCGACCAAACUAGUGGGGCCGUGUCUGCCAAUGAAGGGGACAGACUCGCAGCCGCCCGUGAAGGUGGCCGCCUCGGCAAAGGCCGAGGACGCGGCAAGGCGAAGACAAACACCGCAUCUAGCCCCAGACUCCGAUCUCCACGAGACAAUGGGUUGCCCGUCGAAAGGCAAAGGCAAAUCGGGAAACUGAGCACUGUCGAGAGUAAGUCGAAGACACUCUUGACGCCUUUGGAACCGUUCACGUCGCGGGUGACCGCCCUUCGUUCCGAGGCACAUGCGGAAGUCGAUUGUCCUCCUCUUCUCUAUUCUUUUCAGGAUUAUGCUGCCCGACUCGUUCCUACGCUGGGUACUCAUGCUCAAGGACAAGACGUGUGUGCGGCAUCUUCUCCGUCCGACAACGGUAAUUUAUCGUCUUCAAGUGGUUCUUCACGGGUUUCGGGGCGCGAGUUCAACAUAGAGGUAUUGGACCCGCUCACGUCCAAGGAUUUCGCAUGGCUUUCUCUCCCGUCCACGGGCCACUUGUCGGGACCUCAAUGCGCAACAUUAUGCGCUCAUCUUCACACGUACUUAUCCUUCUAUGCACCACCAACUUCGCCAACGGAUGACGAAGUCGCGGUGGGGGACAUCCUUGCGUAUGUUACCAAGGUGGCCCACGAGUUUCGCACUCAGCGGUACGACAACAACACGCCGCUCCUCUAUGUCCGCAUCCAAGUUGGGCAAACGUCCUGCAUUGCUUUGUUGGAUAGCGAUGCAUCUCGCAAUUUUAUGAGCCAAGCCUUUAUGCAAAGGGCUGGCCUUGGAGCACAAGUUCGGAGGAAGGAAAACCUGACAGCGAUCAAGUUGGCAGACGGAAGGACGCAACAACUUAUCGACCGCUACAUCGAGGCCGUACUGGUGUAUUUCACACCUCAUGCAGACGAACCGGUGGCGUUCGACAUUUUGGACACAGACUUCAACAUUAUUUUGGGAAUGCCUUGGCUUGCAAGUGCGGAUCACAUGGUCAACUUCCACCGGCGGACUCUUACUGUUCGCGACGCUUUCAGCGCCGAAGUACCGUGUACUAUUCCUCUUCCGCACCCUUUGAUUCGGUGCCAGUUGGUGACGACCAAAUCAUUCCGGACUACUUGUGAAGACGAGCAGCCCGACGAAAUCGACCUAUGUUUCCUACGGACCGUCAAGGUAGCCGACUCUUCACCCACGAACUUGUCUUCGGACCCCCGUGUGGUGCGGUUGCUUGACGAGUUCGUCGACAUCUUCGAGUCACCUUCUGGUGUGGUGCCGGAUCAGCCGAUCUCUCACGAGAUCAUUCUUGAGGCCGGUGUCGUGCCGCCGAAAGGUUGCAUUUAUCGCAUGAGCGAGGAGGUGUUUACAGUCCUCCGCUCGCAACUCGAUGACUUGUUGGACAACGACUGGAUCUGCCCUAGUAGCUCUCCAUACGGAGCGCCAGUUCUCUUCGUACGGAAGAAGAACAAGGAUCUACGAUUGUGCAUCGACUACCGUAAGCUCAACGCGCAAACCGUCAAGAAUGUGGGGCCUCUUCCUCGUAUCGACGAUUUUCUUGAGCGAUUGGGCAACGCAAAGUAUUUUUCUAAGUUGGAUUUUAAGUCGGGAUAUUAUCAAAUCUCGAUCCGACUGAACGAUCGCUACAAAUCUGUGUUCAAGACGUGGUAUGGGCAUUUUGAGUGGGUGGUCAUGCCUUUUGGCCUCACCAACGCCCCAACGACCUUUCAAGCGGCAAUGACCAAUGAGUUUCGCACAAUGUUGGACCGGCUCGUGCUGGUCUACUUAGAUGAUAUUCUCGUCUAUAGUCGGGCAUUGGAGGAUCAUCUUGGGCAUCUUCGACGAGUGUUGGAGACGCUCCGCCGCGCCAAGUACAAGGCCAACCGCGACAAGUGCGAAUUUGUCCGGCAAGAGCUGAAACACUUGGGCCAUUUUGUCACACGGGAGCGCAUCAGUCCGUUUUCGGACAAAAUUCAAGGUAUCCAAGAGUGGCUAGAGCCGCGGAACGUCACGGAUGUUCGUUCGUUCCUUGGCCUUGCCGGUUACUACCAACGUUUUAUCAAGGGAUACUCGAAGAUUGCAGCCCCCUUGUCCAAGCUUCAAUAUGAGGAUCAACUGUUUGACUUCCGGGAGGAUGCGCGGGAAUGAGGUUUUGCGCAUAUACGACCCGCUAUUGCCAACGUG